AACGAGGUCCAGGUACCCCUCAUCUCGCCGACCCUGCGCGCCCAGCUCUUUCCGCCACCCUCGUCGCCAUUCGCCCCGUCGCCGCCCUCGUCACGAGCCGUCGACAUCUCGGUCGCCCACCUACGGCACCACAAGCUCCUUCCCGAGCCUGGCACGUCGUCGCCCAAGAAGCUCGCUCCCGCCGUCGAGUUCGACCUCCCGCGGCUCCAGGGCCCGACCAUCUCGCACCACUUCCACGCCAUCGGCCGCGACGUCGCCGAGCCGUUCCUGUCGAUGGCCAAGGACUUUGCGCGCGCCGACGUGCCGCCCAUGCCCGAGCGCGAGCAGUGGGUCCUCGCCCCAGGCUGGACCUUCUACUCGGCCGACGGGUCGUACGAGAGCGUCGACUUCCCGUCGGUCGACGACGCGACGCUCGUGUUCGACGUCGAGACGAUGCCGUACGCCGGCGGCCACUUUCCCAUCAUGGCCAUCGCGGCGGGCGUCAAGGGCUGGUACGCCUGGUGCAGCCCGUGGCUCUCAGGCGACGACGACAAGCCCAACCACCUCAUCCCGUUCGGCCCUCCCUCCCUGUUUGAGCGCCCCGACACGCCGCCUCGCCUCCUCAUCGGCCACAACGUCCUGUACGACCGCGCCCGCGUCGCGCACGAGUACACGCUCCGCCGCCCGUCGACGCGGUACCUCGACACGCUAUCGCUCCACGUCGCCGUCAGCGGGUUGACGAACCCGCAGCGGCCAACCUGGAUCAAGUACCGCAAGGAGCAGGAGCAGGCGGCGGCGGCCGCGUCGAGCGAGGCGCCGAGCGAGGCGAGCGAGCCUGUCGUCGACCAGCCCGUCUCGCCGACGGCGCCGGCCGCGGGCGCGAGGACGACGGCGGGCGACGCGGCGGUCAAGGACUGGAAGGAGGUGUCGUCGCUCAACUCGCUCGCCGAGGUCGCGCGCCUGCACUGCGGCAUCACGGUCGACAAGUCGUUGCGCGACGUCCUCAUCGACCCGUCGCUCACGAUCGCCGACGCGCGCGAGUGCUUCGACGAGCUCAUCGCCUACUGCGCGACCGACGUCGCGACGACGCUCGCCGUCUACCGCCAGCUCGUGCCCAAGUUCCUCGAGUCGUGCCCGCACCCGGUCACGUUCGCCGGCGUCGCCCUCAUGAGCCAGCCGGUCCUGCCCGUCGACCGCAAGUGGCCCGAGUACCUCGAGCGGGCCGAGCGCAAGUACCAGGACCGCCUCGAGGGCGUCACGGGCGCCCUCGUCACGCUCGCCGAGGAGGCGCGCGCCAAGUUUGACCACCGCGGCGCCGACGGGCGCUUCGUGUGGGAGGACGACCCGUGGCUGCGCCAGCUCGACUGGAGCCCGAAGAAGGCGCGGCGCGCCGCCGGCCCCGUCGACGUCAAGUCGAGCGACCUCGUGUGGCCCAAGUGGUACUGGGACCUGGACGUCCCUCGCCAAGGUCUCGACGUGUCGAUCGGCAAGCGCGCCGCGCCGCUCCUCCUCAAGCUGCGGUGGAAGGGCUUCCCCGUCGCCUUUUCGAAGGAGCACGGCUGGAUGUACCGCAUCCCGGCCGCCGAGCUCGAUGCAGCCCUCGUCGCCGACCCGUCGCUCAAGGCGCUCGAGUUCUCCGACGUCGCCGACGCGAGCCUCGACGCCGACACCGACGGCGCCUACGUCAAGCUCCCGCACCCGGACGGCGAGGGCAAGAACGUCGGCAGCCCGUUGAGCAAGCCGUUCGUCGCCGCGUUCGAGGACGGCGUCCUCACGUCCGAGUACCCGGCCGCCGAGGCCGCCCUCGCCCUCAACGCGUCGUGCAGCUACUGGACGUCGGCGCGCGAGCGCAUCACGAACCAGAUGGUCGUCUGGAACGGCGACGCGCGCGUUCCCGCCCCGACGCCGGCCGCCGUCGCCGCGAGCGAGGCGAGCGACGACGCCCAAGGGCUCAUCCUGCCCCAGGUCGUCCCGAUGGGCACGAUCACGCGUCGCGCCGUCGAGCGGACGUGGCUCACGGCGUCGAACGCCAAGAAGAACCGCGUCGGCUCGGAGCUCAAGUCGAUGGUGCGCGCGCCGGCCGGGUACGCCAUCGUCGGCGCCGACGUCGACUCGGAGGAGCUGUGGAUCUGCAGCGUCAUGGGCGACGCCCAGUUCGGCAUCCACGGCGCGACGGCCAUCGGGUGGAUGACGCUCGAGGGGACCAAGAGCGCCGGGACCGACCUGCACUCCAAGUCGGCCAGCAUCCUCGGCAUCUCGCGCGACGACGCCAAGGUGUUCAACUACUCGCGCAUCUACGGCGCCGGCGUCAAGCACGCCGUCCAGCUCCUCCUCAAGUCGAACCCGGCCCUGACGACAAACGAGGCGACCGACCUCGCCAAGGCCCUGUACGCGUCGACCAAGGGCGUCGUCGACCGCUCGCCGGCCUUCCGCCGCAACUUUUGGCACGGCGGCACCGAGUCGUUCGUCUUCAACAAGCUCGAGGAGAUCGCGCAGAGCGAGCGCCCUCGCACGCCCGCGCUCGGCUGCGGCCUCACGUCGGCGCUCACCAAGGCGUACCUCCCCGCCGACGGCAAGAGCAAGGCCGGCGAGGGCUACCUCCCGUCGCGCAUCAACUGGGUCGUCCAGUCGUCGGGCGUCGACUACCUGCACCUCCUCCUCGUCUCGAUGGAGUACCUCACGCGCCGGUUCGAGAUCGACGCGCGCUACCUCAUCUCGGUCCACGACGAGGUGCGCUACCUCGUCAAGGAGGAGGACAAGGACCGCGCCGCCAUGGCCCUCCAGGUCGCCAACCUGUGGACGCGCUCGCUGUUCGCCUACCGGCUCCAGAUGCCCGACUUGCCUCAGGGCUGCGCCUUCUUCUCGGCCGUCGACGUCGACACGUGUUUCCGCAAGGAGGUCAACAUGACGUGCCUCACGCCUUCGAACCCGGACUCGAUCCCGUUCGGCGAGUCGCUCGACAUCAACGACUCGCUCGCGCGCACCUCGGGCGGCUCCCUGUUUGCCGACGGCCGCCCCAUGGCCGCCCACGAG